UCAGAAUUGUCGCCGACUGAAGAAAAGUUUAGCGAAGGUUGCCGGUGCUUCUUACUUUGAUUAAGCAAUACUAAAUCGCAAAUCUAUGUGAAAUUAAAAUAAAGUACCCAUCAUAAAAAAUCAAAAUGACGGCGGAAACACAGAGCAAGUCCAGAUUACCGUAUUUGUCUUCGGACAAACAACUAACAUUUAUAAAACUCUCUGUUUUGUCAAUGGCAGCAAUUUUAUCUUUUGCGACGCGUUUAUUCUCCGUUCUGCGUUUUGAGAGCGUAAUCCAUGAGUUUGAUCCCUACUUCAACUAUAGAACGACGAGAUAUCUCACUGAAGAGGGAUUUUAUAACUUCCACAACUGGUUUGACGAUAGAGCAUGGUAUCCUCUAGGUCGUAUUAUUGGAGGUACCAUCUACCCUGGCCUGAUGGUGACUUCUGCCACUCUUUACAAUAUAAUGCAGUACUUAAACAUAACAAUUGACAUCAGAAAUGUAUGUGUGUUCUUGGCUCCAUUCUUCUCCUCACUCACAACUAUUGUCACAUACCUCCUUACCAAGGAGUUAAAGAAUGAAGGAGCGGGGUUAGUGGCAGCAGCAAUGAUUGCAAUCGUCCCUGGUUACAUCAGUCGUUCAGUCGCAGGAAGCUACGAUAAUGAAGGCAUCGCCAUCUUCUGCAUGCUGCUGACUUAUUAUUUUUGGAUCAAAGCUGUUAAUACAGGAACUAUCAUGUGGGCAACUAUGACCGCUCUGGCAUAUUUCUACAUGGUGUCAUCAUGGGGUGGCUACGUUUUCCUUAUAAACCUGAUACCGUUGCACGUACUGGCCCUCAUUCUGCUGGGAAGGUUCUCGUCGAGGGUGUACGUGGCUUACAGCACGCUGUACUGCAUCGGAACCAUCCUCUCAAUGCAGAUUUCCUUUGUGGGCUUCCAACCUGUGCAGAGUUCGGAGCAUAUGUUGGCCCUUGGUACAUUCGGACUGUGUCAGCUGUACGCGUUCACGCAGUACCUCAGACAACAUCUGUCGCCGGCUAACUUCGAGCUGCUCUUCAAGGCCCUUGUUACAACGCUGCUUCUCACCCUGGGCUCUGCUAUCAUAGCCCUCACUUUGACCGGAAAAAUCUCACCGUGGACUGGCCGUUUCUACUCAUUGCUCGAUCCAUCGUACGCUAAGAACCACAUUCCUAUAAUUGCAUCCGUGUCCGAGCAUCAGCCCACGUCGUGGUCAUCAUUCUACUUCGACCUCCAAGUCCUGGUGUUCCUGUUCCCGGCUGGACUGUACUUUUGCUUUAGCAAGCUCACGGAUGCAAACAUAUUCAUCAUUCUGUAUGGCGUGCUCAGUAUAUACUUUGCUGGCGUCAUGGUUCGUCUUAUGCUGGUACUCGCUCCGGUCAUGUGCAUCGUCUCCGGUAUAGCAGCUUCCAGUCUACUUAGUCUACACGUUAAGGAUAUUGAGCCUAAAGUUGAGAAACACGAUAAGAAGAAGAAGCAUGAAAAUAAUCUUGUGUUUAGAUCUGAGGUGGGCACGUUGUUCGUGUGCGUGCUGGGCUGCCUGCUGGUGUCGUACGUGGUGCACUGCACGUGGGUCACGUCGGAGGCCUACUCGUCGCCCUCCAUCGUGCUGUCGGCGCGCGCACACGACGGCGCCCGCAUCAUCUUCGACGACUUCCGCGAGGCCUACACCUGGCUCAAGAUGAACACUCCCGAGGACGCCAAAGUGAUGUCGUGGUGGGACUACGGCUACCAAAUAACGGCGAUGGCGAACCGGACGGUGAUCGUCGACAACAACACGUGGAACAACACGCACAUAUCGCGCGUGGGGCAGGCGAUGGCCUCCACCGAGGACAAGGCCUACGAGAUCAUGAGGGAGCUGGACGUGGACUACGUGCUCGUCAUCUUCGGAGGACUGGUCGGAUACUCUUCGGACGACAUCAACAAGUUCCUGUGGAUGGUGCGCAUCGGGGGCAGCACGGAGCGCGGCGCGCACAUCCGCGAGGCGCAGUACUACACGGCGGCCGGGGAGUUCCGCGUGGACUCGGCCGGCGCGCCCGCGCUGCUCAACUGCCUCAUGUACAAGAUGAGCUACUACAAGUUCGGACUCGUCUACACCGAGGGCGGCCGGCCGCCAGGGUUCGAUCGGGUUCGAGGAGCUGAGAUCGGCAACAAGGACUUCAAUCUAGAUGUUCUAGAGGAAGCCUACACGACAGAACAUUGGCUGGUCCGCAUUUACAAAGUCAAACCUUUGCCGAACAGGGGAGUAUAAUUUUAAACUUUUACAAGACUGAAGAAUGCUUUUUCUAAAUAAUUGAAUUACAAUUUUUGCAACUAUUUUUGAAUGCAUUUUUUUAUAUUUGAAAUAAUUUAAUUUUCAAUUCAGGCUCAAAUUGUCCUCAUUGUCUGUGAUCUGUUGUGACAUUAUCUGUAUGUGACUAUUGUGAAGGAUAUUUAGAAUAAGUCAUUUAUAUUAAAUUGGUCUAGAAAUAACUACACAAUACACAUAGUGAACUGAUAGAAACAGUUCACUCAAGUUUGUUUACAAAGUCAUUAAUAAAGAUGGAAAGAUAAUUUAAAAAAGGCAAUCUUCAGUUCAUAUUAGAGGACAUUUGGCGUAUUAAAAUAAAAAAUAAUGAUAUUCAUUUUUAGUUCUCUCUAACGUUGGCAACUUGUCUCAAAAUGCUAGUUUUAUUUUAAUACACCAAAUGUGUUAUUUUUAUAAUGUAAAAGUGAAGCGAGUUUGUGUUUUGAUGUUCACAUACGGGCUUAUAACAUUCUUGAUACAGGAAAAAUAUUUAGGAAAUUAUAAUGUU